AUGGAGACUGCAAAGCGGAGGAGAGGAAUAUGUGGGGUAGAAAGAAGUGGGGACUGGACAUUCCCCAGUGUCACAUUUAAAGUGUGCUUCACCAACCCCAGGGAGGAUCCCAACAUCAAUCAAGAGUUGAUACAUGCAGUGGACUUUGAGGAUGUGGCUGUGAACUUCACCCUGGAAGAGUGGGCUCUGCUCGAUCCUUCCCAGAAGAGACUCUACAGAGAUGUGAUGAGGGAAACCAUGAGGAACCUGGCCUCUGUGGGGACAAAAUGGAAAGAGCAGAACACAGAAAAGGACAUAAAGCAGGAGAUCAAUCCAAGGAGUCAUAUGUUUGAAAAACUUUAUGAUGGUGAAUGUUACCGGUGUGGAGAAAAUGUCACCUCAGUUGCAAAUCCCAGUCUCACCAAGGAAACCCCUACCAACUGUGUGACACCACGUAAAGGCAGCUUGUGUGGAAAACUCCUACAUCCAGCAUUUGUUAGAGUUCAACCCAGCUUUCUUGCUAGUUAUCGACCACAUGAGAGUGAGGAACAUGCAGAGAAGUCAUAUAGAUGUCAGGUGUGUAACAAACUAUUUAGUUGUCAGCAGUGGCUUCAGAAACAUGAACAUCAUCAUACGGAAGGAAUGCAGUAUGAAUCUACACAGUGUGACAAAGCCUUCAAGUUCCUCAGUUUCUUUAAGACCCAUGAAAGAAUUCAUAAAAAGAAACCCUCUGAAUGUAAAGAAUAUGGCAAAGCCUCCUUUACUUCUGAAGACUUACAGGAAAACACAAGUCUGCAUUCUGCAGAAAAGCAGUAUAAAUGUAAAGAAUGUGGGAAAGCCUUUCUUUACCACAUAACAUUUAAGAUACACAUGAAACGGCAUACUGGAGGGAGACAGCACCAAUGUAAAACCUGUGGAUUAGUAUUUUUGUACUACUCAGAACUUAAAAAUCAUGAAAGAAGUCACACUGAAGAAGAACCUUAUGCAUAUAGUGAAUGUGGUAAAUCCUUCAGUGUUUCCACGCGUUCACAACAUAGUGAAAAGAAUCAUAGUUCAGAAAAAACUUACAAAUGUACAGUAUGUGGUAAAGAUUUUAAACAUUCCAGUAGGUUUAAGUUACAUAAAAAAUUUUGUACUGUACAGAAACUUUACAAAUGUGAAGAAUGUGAGAAUUCCUUUGUUAGCUUUCGAGAAUUAAAAUUACACAGUAGAGUUCAUACCAGAUACCAACCUUAUAAGUGUAAGGAUUGUGGAAAAGCUUUCAAGAGUUUAAAUGGCUUUAGAGGGCAUGAAAGAAGCCAUACUGGAGAGAAACCCUAUGAAUGUAAACAAUGUGGUAGGACCUUUGCUUACUCCAGUAGCAUUCAAAAUCAUCUAAGAACUCACACUGGAGAGAGACCAUAUGAAUGUAAACAGUGUGGUAGGAUCUUUGCUUAUUCCACUGCCCUUCGAGUGCAUAAAAGAACUCACACUGGAGAGAAACCCUACAAAUGCAAACAAUGUAAUAAGGCCUAUUUUACCGCUCAUAGUCUCAGAGUGCAUGAAGAAAUGCACACUGGAUGCAGAACUCAUGAAUGUGAACAGUGUGGCAAGGCCUAUAUUUAUUACAGUAGCCUCCAACAUCAUAAAAAAAGUCAUAGUGAAGAGAAACCCUAUGAAUGUAAACAGUGUGGUAAGUCCUUCUUUUGGCUCACUUCCCUCAAACUUCAUGAAAGAAUUCACUCUGGAGAGAAACCCUAUGAAUGUAAGCAGUGUGGUAAGACCUUUACUUAUGGCAGUUCCCUGCGAGUUCAUAGAUAUAUUCACACUGAAGAGAAACCCUAUGAGUGUACACAAUGUGGUAAGACUUUUUCCUAUCGGGGUUUCCUGAAACAGCAUGAAAAAACUCACAGUGGACUGAAACCCUAUGAAUGUAAAGUAUGCGAAAAGGCAUUUGCUUUUCCUCGGAUCCUGCGAGAACAUGAAAGAAUUCACACUGGACAGAAACCCUGUUUAUGUAAACAGUGUGGUAAGUCCUUCUCUCGGGACAGUGACCUUCGACAGCAUCAAAAAACUCACACUGGAAAGAAACCCCAUCAGUGUAAAGAAUGUGGUAAGGCAUUUGUUGUUCUUUGGUCCCUUCGAGCACAUGAAAGAACUCACACUGGAGAGUAUCCCUAUGAAUGUAAACAAUGUGAUAAGGCUUUUACUUCUUCCAAUUCUUUGCGAUCUCAUGAAAGAACCCACACUAGUCAGAAAGCCUAUCAAUGUAAACUCUGUGGUAAGGGAUUUAGUACUUGUAGUACCUUGAGAACACAUGAAAGAAUUCACACUGGUGAGAAACCAUAUGAAUGUAAAUGUGGUAAGACCUUUGCUUAUUCCACUGUCCUCCGAGUGCAUCAAAGAACUCAUACCGGAGAGAAACCCUAUGAAUGUAAACAAUGUGGUAAGGCCUUUGGUCACUGCACCUCUUUGCAACGUCAUCAGAGGACACACAGUGGAGAAACCUAAUGAAGGAUCCUUAUAAACCAAGUGCAAGGAGGUCCUGUAGGAGAGGAGAUACUGUGUUACAGAUUUUGAAGAUAGAGAAAAGAGACUUGUUCCCCAGAAGGU